GAGUCUGUGUCCUUUGAUAGUGUUUCAGUGUGGAGAAAGUGGGGGUCCGGUGGAUUAUCUUCGAUUUUCAUUGUCCCGUGUACCAACUUUGUCAUCAAAGAAUACAAUUAUCGACGCGCCAGGGAAAUUCCAUGCUGUUUGAUACCAUACCUUGUACUAAUAUCAGUUAGCUCAAAUGUUCAAACAUAUCUAGGGAUUGUUGAAGUCAGUCAAGAACGCUUUGUAUGAUUGUACUAUGUAUAUAACAUUGCCAAUCCGUAUGACACUCUGAUAGUGUCGAUCUGCCCAUCUAUGUCUGAUGAUAUCAAUCAUAAACGAAAGCGGUCGAACACAACCGGUCGUUCCAAAUACGGCUGCUUAACCUGCCGGGCAAAGAAAGUCAAAUGUGAUGAGCUUCUCCCUUUGUGUGGAAGAUGUGAGCGUUUGAAGCUUAACUGCCAGCAGCCGUGCUCCCGUAUAUUACCAAGUGUGAGAGAAAGAAGACGUGGCGCUGGCCCAAUAAAGUCUCGAAAUUCUGACUGGUCUCCUCAGUCACUUUCGCCAGCUUUACAAUUAUCAGAGGAACAGCCACAAGAAUCAGAAGCACUAUUGAAUCAUUAUCUUUCGGGAUAUGACCAUGGAUUGGCAGCAGCAUCAGCAUCUUCGUUUUCAGUGGGACCUCCUGAAGGUGCAUCUCAAAGCCAGGCGCCGAUUAUCGAGGCAGAAGCAAACAUGUUAUUGGACCCGGUUGCCGAAUGGCUACUCCCAGACCCUCAAAGCCUGAAUGCAUAUGCCGGCACUAAUUGUAGUCCUCUAUCUUUUGAGCCGCUUGUUAUUGCGAACAUAUUGUCGACACAAGAGAGGUCGCUGGAAAAUGGGAUGUGCCUGAAUAACGACGAAGAGUUAGCUCUUACACACUACCGAACAGCAUUCUCACUAUCUCAAACUACGAGAGAUCCGCAAUGGUCUACUCCUACCUUAUUGUUAAUCCAUGCACUAAAGCACUCGGAGAUGCUUCUCCAUCUUAUAUUAGCUGUUUCGCUCCACGACAUGCCUUCUAAUCCUGACAAUGUUAGCCGUCUUCGCCAAAACGGGCAUAAGCAUUACGAGAAGGGCACAGAGCAACUCAUGCAAGCUUUGCAGUUUGAGAGCCCUGCGGAUCAUCUCGCAAUACUGGCUUCGUUUUACUGUAUAUAUAUGUACAUGUCGCGAUCGAACGGUACAAUUAUAUCAAAAUUAGACCGACUGAGUCUUACGGCAAUAGACCAUUUGACGAAGCAUAAUUUAAUAGUACCAAUAUAUGGUCAAUCACCUUCAACCAAUCAAAAUUCGACUAAAAAUGGUGCAGAGCGAAGUCUGAUCGCUCGUAUCAUCAUGUGGUUGCUAAAAAUGGAUGCUCAAGGGAGCUUCUUGGGAUGCAAGCCUAACUUGGCAAACCACUUUCAAACACAUCCUGACCAACUUUUAGCAGUAAAAGCGGAAUCUCGUCUUGCUUUGCAACUUAAUUGGGGAACUGAAUACCCGAUAUCACAAAGUAUCAGAGAUAUUGAGAGUUGUUUACCCGUCGACAUGAUGUCUGAUAUGCUGAUUCUAUGUUGCAAAAUUAGCGACUACAGUCACAAGCCCCCAUAUACUGAGGAAGACUUAAGGCAAGAGAGUCUACAAAAAGAGUUCACAGCUUUGGAAAUACGUUAUGGUGCUGUGUUUUACUAUGGAUCUUCAGACAUGACGUUGCAACCAGCCAUGAAGCUCAAUUGCGCAAACUCAGCUACAAUGUUUUACGCUCUGCGGGUAUAUUUCGCCCGAUGUAAGUCAAGCUCGUUCGGAGCAGAAAGUUCGACUGAGAUCAAAACCGCUCUAAGCCAACUUCUUCGAUUCGCCAUGUACGUUUCUCCUACAGGAUCGCAACAGCCGGUGUACGAAUUUCAAUGGUCGUUGUUCAUUGCAGCCAUUGAAACAAAUGACAUGAUACAUCAAGAAUGGUUGCAGGGUCGAAUCACUGAUCAUCGCCUUCGCAAAGCAUUGCAAAGGAUUUCUUCUUUCAAGCGGAACAACUUGGGGACCAUAUCUUUGAGUAAAGUAAGACAAAUUAUCCUAGCCAUGUAACCUCAUUGAUCAGAUGUAUUUAAAUUUAACAUAAUAAAGAUCGUAUUGCA